AGUCCAAAGCAAGAAAGAAGAAGCCGUCGAAGAUUUAAGACCGCUACACCUCUUUAUAAUAAGUCUUGGUGUACAAACCGUCCUACUCGUUGUUCCAUCGACUGUGAUGAACUUUCUCUUUCUGUAGUCAUUUGAUAAUAUUGGCUUGACAAUACGAUUGGACAAAAUGUCGGCGUCUUCGGAUGAGGAGUGCGAUGUAGCCGCAGACGUUCCUACAGCAGAUGAGGAUCUGGAAAGGAAAAUGGCUGAUACUAGUGCGGAGACUUUUGCCCGGCGUGUUGUUCUUUCCUCUGUAAAUCUCGACAUCAGCGGGUUCCAGACGCUGUCGUUUCCGCAUCCAUGUGAUACAUCGAAAACGGCGGUUUUUUUAAGAGCGAGGCAGAAGGUCAAGGUCUUGACUUCAUCGUCCUCCAGUACGACAUCUGGGGACGAGGAGACGCGGCGCGACCACGAGCUGACAGUUCCAGUUUUGCUUGAGUUGCAGACGAUGGGACGUCGGAAGAAAGGCUCGUUUUUUGUUGGCGAUUCGGUCGUCUCGGAUGGAACCUUUUAUGUGGCUACACCGAUUGAUCCUCUUUUCGUAGCAAUCCCGUAUCUACUUAAUGCAGCACCGUCCGCAGCGGAAAAAAGUAGUACAUCUACUACUGGAGAAAAUGCGCCGGAUUCGGAUUUCAAGAUGGAGGAAUUCCAAAGUCUCAUUCCAGAAAAGUUUUUACGUCAACUCCUCUGGCCAGCUGCAAUAACGUCUCCUAGUACAACUGGAGACGCUGAUCGUCAUGAUGUAACGGAGUCUUCCCCAGCGCCAACGCCGAGUAUUGAAUUGAUAUGCGAGACACGGGAAGUGCUAGACCGCUUCUUCGUACGUCUCUCGAAGAAGAAGUUGCAACACUGGCUGCUAGGCAAGCUGAGGCGGAUCUUCGAUACGUUUUGCAGUAGGGAGAUCUAUAUACGAGAGUGUUGUUUCCGCACGUCAACUGACUCUGUGGGAGAAUUCGUCAUCGACCAGGGCAGGGCUUUGGAAUUAGCCUGUGAAUUCCUCGAGGGCUACCUGACACCAGUGCACGCAAAGUUGCUACGAGCCGAGGUCGUUCCGCUCAUGUCGAUGGGCUCAGGCUUGGGUCUGAACAAACCACUCGAAAAUAGUACGUCUGGUACUGGUAAUAGCAAUAUUCAUGCUACCUCAUCAAUUGGAGGCGGCGCAUUUUCCAUGAGUCGGAUCGUCCCGACAGAAUCGGAUGCGGAAUUGAUUCAGAAAAGACCUCUGCCAGGUGAGAAGGGGGGCGGUGCGAAUAAUCAACCAGCGGCGAAGAAACCUAAGGCCGCAGCAAAAAAGCCGGAAAAGGUCCAGUUCAAGGACCCGAAACAGCUCUCGAUCUUUGACCUCAUGAAGCGAAAUGCGUCAGGGAAGGAUAAGAAGUAGAACAGUGGAUGAGAAAUGGGAAGCGGGAGAAGAACACGAAGGACCAAGAUGCAUAUUAUGGCAAAGGAGGAACAGUCCCAGGUUUAUUCUGAUGUGAGACUCUGUUUUCUCCAGAGUGAUCCGCGAGUGGACUACCGCCAGCGUACAGACAAGCCAUGACGUACCACGACACCGAUGCCUCGGUGAAGAAAGUUUGACCUCAAGCGUUCGCGCACAUGAUCUCAGUGUGGGCACAAUCAC